AUGCCUAUAUUGUUUAGUGUCGUUGCCCGAGGUACAGUGCUUCUAGCUAAAUAUGCGUCGUGUGCUGGAAAUUUCACAGAAGUUACGGAACAACUUCUGUCGAAGAUACCUCCACAUGAUGAUAAGUUGACAUACUCUCACGGAAAUUUUCUGUUUCAUUACAUUGCGGAAAACAAAUUGGUUUAUUUCUGCAUCACUGAUGAUAAAUUCCAACGUUCGAGAGCAUUCUUAUUCCUUAAUGAGAUCAAGAGGAGAUUUACGACCGCGUUUGGCGACACAGCCCAGACAGCCAUACCUUAUGCCAUGAAUGGUGAAUUUGCCCGAGUGCUAGCAACCGAGAUGAAACACUACAGUGAUUCUAAAGACUUAGACACCAUAUCUAGAGUCCACGGAGAGUUGGAUGAACUCAAGAACAUAAUGGUCAAAAAUAUUGAUACUAUGGCGAUGCGCGGGGAGAAAUUAGAAUUACUAGUGAAUAAGGCAGACAAUUUAGCAACUGGUUCCGUCUCCUACCGCAACACAUCGAGAACACUGCAGCGGUCCCUGUUCUGGAAGAAUGUGAAAAUGUAUGUCAUAAUGGGAGGAGUCGCAGCCCUAGCGGUUUACCUGGUCGGAGCAAUGGCUUGCGGUGGCCUCAAGUGGGGCAACUGCGUCUAA